AUGUCAAUAGCAAUGGAGACAACACCGGCAUCGGUGUCAUCAACUUCAGGGACAGAGAUGAAUUCUGAGAAACCUUUGGAACAAACUUCACAAAAUUUACAAAUGUCGUUGUCUUGCAGUGCAACUUCAACGCCACCUUUACAUCAAGCAGCCGAACAGUCCAGUGGUCUGCAAAUUGACCUCAGUACUAACCUCUCGAAUAUAUUAAAUCCAUCAACAAAUGAUAUAAAAAAUGAAAAUUCGCCUGUGAUUGGUGACGAUGCAAAUUCAGUGCUCGAACACGAGCUUGAAAUUCAGCAAAAAGCUUUUCAAAGGUUUACUUCCUCAUUGAACGAUCUCGGAUUUCGAUCAACCUUUCCAAUAAAUGUAUUUCCACCAUUUUUGGCUGCUCUUCAACAAAAUCCUUUAACUUUGCAUAAUCAAUUUGUUGCGGCUAGUAGUAAUCCUCGAAGUUCGGGUGAUUCCCCACUACCUGAUGAUGAUGAUGAAAAUAAUGCAUUAGCUAUUACCGAACCUGAGGAUUUAACUGUUAAUUUUCGCAGAAGCAAAAAAGAAUGCGGAACUGGAGGAAGUAAUACUGAUGACAACGCGGAUUCAGAUACCAGUGGUCAGCAGAAUUGGUCCUAUGAAGAGCAAUUUAAACAGGUCAGUUGCACUUAGAG